GCCGCUGGUGCAGAGCCCAGAUCGGGCGCGGCAGCCGCAGCGGCGUGUCCUCCGGCUCCGCCCGGCGCCCUCCCAUGGCCGGUGCCUGCUCCUGGCUUCCAGCCGCGCCCUAGACCGCUCGGCUCCGGCCCGUCCCAGCGCCCGGGGGAGGAAGGAGCGAGGAUGGGCACGGUGCUGUCCCUCUCCCCGCCCGCCGCCUCGGGGAAGGGCGGCGGCGGCGGGGGGCCCCUGGCGCAGGGGGCUGCCCCGGCCAGGGCGCACGGGAAAGGCGAGAGCCGGCUGAAGCGGCCCGGGGUGCUGAUCUCCGCCCUCACCUGGAAGCGCCUGGUGGCCGCCUCGGCCAAGAAGAAGAAAAACGCCAAGAAGGUGACCCCCAAGCCGGGCAGCGGGGGGGCCCGGCCCGACCCGCUGGUGCAGCAGCGUAACCGCGAGAACCUGCGCAAGGCCCUGGGGGCGCCGCAGGCGGCGGGCGCGCCCGGCCCCAAGCAGGGGCCCCUGGCCGUGCCGGUGCCCACGGUGCCCGCCGCCCCGCAGGAGCUGCAGCCGGGCGGGGGCAAGCCGCCGCCGCCCCCGCCGCCGCCGCCCGGCAGCCGCGCCCCGGGCUCCCCGCGCCGGGUCAUCGUCCAGGCCUCCACCGGGGAGCUGCUUCGCUGCCUGGGGGACUUCGUGUGCCGCCGCUGCUACCGCCUGAAGGAGCUGAGCCCCGGCGAGCUCAUCGCCUGGUUCCGCAGCGUGGACCGGGCGCUGCUGCUGCAGGGCUGGCAGGAGCAGGGCUUCAUCACCCCGGCCAACCUGGUCUUCGUCUACCUGCUGUGCCGCGAGGCGCUGCGGGGCGAGGAGAUCGGCAGCCAGGGCGAGCUGCAGGCCGCCUUCCUCACCUGCCUCUACCUGGCCUACUCCUACAUGGGCAACGAGAUCUCCUACCCGCUCAAGCCCUUCCUGGUGGAGGGCGACAAGGAGCGGUUCUGGGAGCGCUGCCUGGCCCUCAUCCAGCGCCUCAGCGCCAAGAUGCUGCAGAUCAACUCGGACCCGCACUACUUCACCCAGGUCUUCCAGGACCUCAAGAGCGAAGGGGAGACCGGCGGCAGGAGGGACUCCGGCCCCAAGCCCUGGACUAUCAGCCUGGACCGCUAGGAGGUCCCUGGGGCUCCCUCCCUCUGCCCCCACCGCCGCCAGGGAGCUGCCCGCUGGAGGGGGAGCGGCUGGACUUCCCUUCCCCCCAACAUCGCCCGCCGGAGCCGCCUCCAAAAACUGCCCAGCCGCUGGAGCUGCCGAGGAGGCAGCGAGGACCGGGCCUGUGUGAAGGCGGCGGGGAGGGGAGGGGCACUGCCGGUUCGCAUCUCCUGGGGUGGGGCUCCAUGCUGUAUGCGGGGGGGGGGACAGGCUGCUCUGGCCAAGGGGGACCCUAAACCAUCAACCGAGGUCUUGGCGGUGGCUGCCUUCCCUGGAAGGGAGCGGGCUGCAUGGCAGAGCGGGGGGGGGGGGUGACUUGUCCUCCCAAAUGGGGGGGGGCUCUUGGAUUUGGGGCUUUGUGGCUGGCCUGAGGCAUGAUUAGCCGGGUUACGUCUUUACAAGGGGAGAUGGCAGCCUCUCCGUGCUCUAACCUCACCUUCAAGGGAGGGGACCCGGCCCCCAACACCCCUGUGCUCUUAGCCGCUACAGUGAAUCACAGUACGGCGGGGGCCAGGGAUCGGGUUUGGUUCGGUUUUUGUAACCGAAAAGAGAAGGCUGCAAUUCUGCAUGCGAGUGUCUGUCCGGCUCUGCCAUUGUGGGUGUAUCACACGCAGCCGCUGGGUCCGGAGAUGGGGGGACGGGACGGGGCGUCCCGCGCAGAGCUGGCUGGGGGCCCCGCGGGGGGAAAUCCCGGCGAGGGGCAGUAUUCCCCCCACCCCCCACCGAGUUCUGGUCUCCGUCCACCCCCCUCCGCCCGCUCUCUGGGGCUGGGGAGGGUCUGGCCCUUCCGCUCUGCCUUGCCCGCUGGGAGCCGAGCCGGGAGGCAGCCGCCCGCCUGCUGUCUGAACGUACCGAGCCCGCGGGAUGCUCGCCGCGCCCGUGUUGCUCAAAUGUACAAACCAGAAGCAGAUUGUUUUAUAUUGUAUAUUGCAAAGAGAGAUAAACCUACGGAGACCAAGCAGA